CUAUAGAUUGAGAAUUAGGGUGCCUUCAAAACACGUCGCAAAAGCAAUUAAGCGAAACAUCAUCGUUCUGUUUUGCCCAAAUUAAAACACAGAAAUCCCUCAUCCCCAACACCCGAAAUCCCUAUCUUUUUUUCUCCAUUUUAUUUGCCUCAGAUCCCCUUCCCCAAAAUUCCCUUCCCCAAAUCCCUAACAUGGACAGAACUUCACAUUUCUCUUUCACUUUUACGGUUUCAAUCCUUGUUUUCCCUCUAAAUUUCUGGUAAAAUUCUCUCAAAACCUCUUCAGUUUCAGUUUUCUGGGCUUGUAUUUUUCUGAUUUGGUGGUGGGUUUUAUGCUAGUUCUUCAUCUCCUACCUUCUAGUUUUCGACAGAGCAAGGAAUUAAAUAAGGGAAGGAAUCCAUGUCUAACUUGCACGUGAUGGUCUGAAGGUCUCCAUAGACCUAUAAUUAGCAGAGUUGCUGAGUUUCGAGAAUGUUCUUCACGGGUGAUCCAACUACUCGAAAGCGGGUUGAUUUGGGCAGUCAGAGCUCCAAAGAGAGAGAUAGGCAGAAACUUCUUAAACAAACGCGUUUGGAACGCAAUCGCUGUCUUUGGUUGUGCCAGCAAAAUUCUGCAGCUCUCAAGAUUCAGAAAUACUUCAGAAGGGGAAAGGUAGUGGAAGUUGAACGAGCCAAGGUGCGAGAGCAGUUCUACAAAACUUAUGGAAAGCACGGUCAUCAUGUAGACAGGCAUUGUUUUGGUCCAGACUUAGAGUUUCUCCGCCAGCUAAUUUUCUUUGUCAAUGCAUGGAAUAUGAAUGAUUUUUCUGUUCUUGCUGAGAUUUGCCGAUUAAUUCAGCAUUUUGUUCCGAGAAAGUGGGGAUGUUGUGGAACUCUUUGCAGGCACGAACUACUUAUCCAAUCAUUCUUUGGUUGUCUACAGGUUGAAGCGACUCUCAUUUGCUUGCAUUCAGGCUAUAUAUCACAACAGGUAGAAUUUAAUGUAGGCAUAUAUUCUAUGCAUGUCUUUAAGCUAUUUCAGUGGGUAAUAUUGUUGGUCAACAAACAGAGCUCUUAUAUACAAAGAGUGUCAAAGCAAUGAUGAGCUACAUGAAGCAAGGAAAGUGCUAAUUUAGGGUUUGCCAGAAUUGUUGGGUAAUUGCACUAAUAUUGGAUUAAAGAGAAUGGGAGAGCUUGAUCCAAAGGCUUUUCAUGACACUUGUAAGUUGCGAUUUCCUUGUGAUGAAGUGGGAAUUCAGGCCACUACUCUAUGCUCAUCAUGGUAGGAGAAUCUAACAAAUCUAAAGCUGUAAUGGGGUGAAGAGAUUUAUAAUGCAGUGGUAACAGCUUUGAAAGAACUCUUUUGUAGUAACUUAUUGUAGUAUGUUUGUAGUUGAAGUUUCUUAUAGUGGACAUCAUGUUAUUUAUUCAGCAUAAGUUUCAAAUAUUUUAGUUUUAAAAGAAAGUAUGUACUGUAGUCAUUAGAUUGGGUUUUCAAAGAUGAUUAUGUUAACAUUUUCAUCAAACAUUAUGAACAGUUCACUUGUUAAUGUUAUUGAACUCAAAAACAAUUUAAAA